GCAGAUGAAAAGACUCAAAAGAUCAGGAUGGAUCUUGCCAUGGCGAGCCCCAGUUGCAACCCGCUGCACGCCUCAGGAAGCCACCACUGACUUACUGCUAUUACCCCCUUCCAUCAUGCAUUGAACGGCCUACGACAUCCUGGGCCCAGACGUUGUCCUUUGCGACCAAGUACUAUCAUUAGGUUGCUGCUCCUGGAGCUCCACACCGAUAAACCUGAUCUUCAUGACCUACACCUGCACUCCUAUCUUUGACCCCAAAGUCGCAACCUACAAUCUGCCCCAAACAAGCUUCCCCAAAAAACAGCAUCCGAUAUUCCACGCCACAUCCCAGGGACCCCAACCGAACGAAUCACCCUGGCGAAAUGACAGGUCACAGUGUGUGCGAAGCCGAGAAAUAUCCCGCCGCGGUCGAGCUCCCCGCCGACUCUGAAACACCACCACACCUGGCGGCGGCGGCUUCUUCCCCUGAUCUCCAGCCAGGAGACUACAACCCCUGUGUGGGCGCAAAGCCCUCUUCACCCUUUUAUCGCCAUGCCACCCCAUCCGUGAACAUCGAUCGCCUGAAGGUGGAAAGUGAGAAACCCCAGUCCACCGUCCAGCGCUACAUUUCCCCCGUCAUCCCCGAGAGCCCGCCCAUGUUCAACGUAUCCGCCCUGGAGUCGGGCAGCCGUCAUGAGUCGACGUCGAAUCUCUGGGGUCAACCGAAGAGGCACUGCGGGUGCAUGAAUCGGCUGAGCCGCAAGCAGCGCAUCGUGGCCAAAGGCAUUAUCGCCGUGGUGAUCCUGGGAACCAUGAUUGCGAUCGCGGUGGGAAUUACCGUCGCUGUCGGAGGAGCCGUGUGGAGGUCGGAUCACCGACAGGAGUUAAUCGGCUGAGGAUACAGAGGUAUGUAGACUAUGACUUCAUGGGAGGCGCGAGAUACUAAGUGCAGUACACGAAUAGGACCAGUGUUUCCUAACCCCUCUCCGUCGAUACCUCAACCUACCAUUCUCGGUUGUGAUACAAUGUGCAGUGUCAUCACCUCAAACAACACAUUUCUGCGGAGCAUAGCUAAACUGCAUGGGAGUUUGGAGUCUGGAGAGCAUUUGCCGGGUAGUAACUGGGUUGCAUGUACAUUUUCGCUUUUUCAGUUGGGGAUUUCUUCUUUUUUUUGAUUCUUCCGAGUUCCUGUACAUAAAUGAGGGUUUGGUGGCUCCUUCUGGUCUUUUGCUGGCGACGCAUGCGGGGCGAGAUUGUUGCUUGUAACAACGGGAUAAGAUCAAAUACAAACAGAACAUACGGGCCAAACGGGUGGGUGCCUGACAGCUUGGCGAUUAGCGAGGGACGGAUGCCUAGCUCAAGCACGUGAUCCACAGGCCACAUAAAUACCGUGUG